AUGGCGAACUUCUCUGUGGAGUGGCUUUCCAGAAGUUAUUACGAGGAUUUGACUCUUCAAACAGGAGAUGCUCAUUCAAAAGCGUGCAGCCAAGUGGAGGAAUUUGCAAAGAAACCAACCAGUCAAUAUUCUCCCACCUCGCCAAACGACAGCUGUGGUUACACUUCGGGAUCUGAGAGCGACGCUGGAGAUGACAGCGAGGGGGAGACCACCCAGCAGAGGAGGCUGAGGACCAAGUUCACCUCCGAGCAAAUCAGCAAACUGGAGAACACGUUCAAGAAGCACAGAUACCUGGGAGCCACCCAGAGGAGGAGGAUAGCAGAGAGGCUGAACCUGUCCGAAACUCAGGUGAAAACGUGGUUCCAGAACAGGAGGAUGAAGCUGAAACGGGAGGUCCAGGACAUGCGCCCGGGCCUUUUGACGCUUCCUGCCGCUCUGCUGCCGCCGCUGCUCUUUCAGCACCACCUCCUCAGCGGACAGCUCCCCUCCAGCAGCGGCUUCUACCCGCAGCUGCAGCCGCUCCACAGGGCGCCUCUCCCGGCUGCUCUGCAGCAGCAGCACCGCUCCCACCUCUCCAUCCACCCACCGACACGCUUCUACUGA